GUUGAAGAAUGAGUCUUUAUCUACCUCUAUAUCUCUACUCUUCAGCUGCUACCAUUCCGUUCCUUCUGCUACAACGCAGCUGCAAAAGAUGGUGUUCUCCAACUUCUCUCUGCUCUUCUGCCUUCUCCUUUCUUCCGUUGCGAUUCUCUUGAUAAAUUAUCCAGUUAAAUGUGACGAUGAUGAGAAAGAUAGUCUUUAUCAGGGUCUCAACAAGUAUCGAGCAUCGUUAAACUUAAAAGCUCUAACAAAGAAUGAAAAUGCUGAUUGCCUCGCUGAUAAAAUAGCUGAUCAAUUCAAGAAACAACCCUGUACAAAUACCACAGGUGCUAACACAGUACCAGGCACAGAGCCUCAGUUUUCCAACUAUCCAGACCUUUUAACUAAAUGCCACUUGGCUAUUUCCAACACAAGGGAUGGAAUUGUAAUGCCUGCUUGUGUUCCUGACUUGGUUCCCAGCCUUGUUCUUACUAAUUUCACGAAAUCUCUCUACUCAGAUAGUCUCAAUGACACGAAGUAUACAGGAAUUGGUAUUGGUUCAGAAGAUAACUGGAUUGUUGUUGUCUUGACCACUAACACCCCUGCAGGAAGCUUUGCUCCCUACACUUCUAAUGAUGCCAGUUUGAUUUCCAGAGCCGGAUUGAUUUACAGCUCUGUGCUCUUGUUGGUUGGUAAUAUUUUCCUGUUGUGAAACAAAGAGGAUGACUGUUGGCAGUGUUUCAA